UGUUGAUAAGAAUUGGUUGGUUCCUUUGUUCAUUCCUCCCAACUCAAACAUCAUCGUUAUUAUUAUCGUUAUUAGAAUAGUUUUGGCUCAGUUAAAUUAUCAAAACGCAACGAUUUUCCGGUGAGUGAGGCCGCAGCGCGUCGUUGUCCACGUCAGCCGUCACACAGCCAUAGAAGCAGCAGCCGUGCAGAUGGCAGAUGCUAUAGUUUCAGCAGUGGUGGAGAGAGUUGCAACUAUCAUAGAAGACAAGAUUCGGUAUGAAGUCAAUUUGGUCAAAGGUGUGAAGAAGGAGCUUCAAAAACUUUCCAAGAAGCUCAAUACAAUCAGAAAGGUGUUGGAUGAUGCAGAAAAGAAAGCAGUGAAUGAUCAAAGCGUCAAGAGUUGGUUGAAGGAGCUCGAAAACACGACUUAUGAGAUGGACGACAUUUUGGAUGAAUGGAACUACUCUCUUCUCAAACAUAAAUUGGAAGAUUCUGCUGAGCCUGAGCAUGAGCAAAAGAUAGGCUGCUCCUUCAUCCCAUGUUCAUGUUUAUCUUUCAAGGAAAUUUCUUUUCGUCGUGAUAUUGCCAAGAAGAUAGAACAUGUGAAUGCCACGCUUGAUCAGAUCUUAAACGAGAAGGAUGAUUUUAAUUUUGUCAUCUCUAUGCCUGCGCCCGAGUCUCACCGAGAACCAACCACAUCUUCAAUUGACUUCAAGAAUGUUUAUGGGUCAGACAUAUAUAAGAAAAGGGAUGACAUAGUCGGGAAUAUGAUGCAUAAUGGUGGGGAUACCCAAAUUCUUUCCAUAGUUGGGACGGGGGGACUUGGGAAGACGACACUAGCUCAACUUAUUUUCAGCGAUCCUCAGUUUGAUAAGGAUUGGUUAAAAAUUUGGGUAUGUGUCUCUGAGCCCUUUAUUGUGUCUAAGGUUGCCAAAGAUAUUGUUAACAGUGUGGGAAAAGAGACGGUUUCUCCAGAUGCCGAUCAACUAGACCCGGUGUUACAAAAGCUAAAAGCAUCUGUUUUAGGAAAAAAGUUUCUUCUCGUCCUUGAUGACGUUUGGUCAGAAGACAGAGACAAAUGGCAGCCCCUGAAAAUCAAUCUCGAAUAUGGUGCACCAGGAAGUAAAAUUUUGGUGACAACGAGAAAUGAAAGGGUAGCUAAGAGGAUGGGUACCUCAGAUGAUGAUAUCUAUCACCCGAAAGAGCUUAAUCCUGAAGAGUGUUGGUCAUUAUUGCGUGCCACAUCCCUUGAAGGAAAGAGUGAGAAGGAAUGUGGAAAAUUUGAGGACGUGGGCAAGAAAAUAGCUAGAAAAUGCAAGGGAUUACCUCUUGCUGCAAUUGUUUUAGGAAGACUUCUGCAGUUCAAGGAUUUGGAAGGGUGGGAACAUGUAGAUAAGAGUGAAAUAUGGCAAUUGGAGAAUGCAAAAGUAGAUCUUUUUCCUCAUUUGGUUUUAAGCUACAAUGAUUUGUCCCCAACUCUUAAGCGUUGUUUUUCAUAUUGUGCCGUCUAUCCUAAAGAUCACCGAAUUCAUGCAGAGACUGUGAUAGAAGAGUGGAUGGCGCAAGGUUAUCUAGGCUCUGAUAGUGGAAAUGGUGAAUUGGAGCUCAAAGGGCGGGAGAACUUGAAGAAUUUAGCAAUGCGUUGCUUGUUUCAAGACAUUAAGAAAAACGAGUCAGGGGAGCAGAUAGAAUGGUGUAAAAUGCAUGAUAUAGUACAUGAUUUUGCGUUAUUUCUUAGGAAGAAUGAUGACAAAGAGAGAAGUUGUCAAGUUUGUGAUUCUUCGUUGUUUUCUCAUGUCCAAGAAUAUCGGAGUGUACUGUGGGACUACAAACCUCCUGUUGAUGAAAGAGACAAAAGUUUUCAAGUUUGUAAUUGCAUGAAAAGUCUUAGGGUGUUAAGAAUUAACAGAUGUAUUCCAGUAGGAAUAGAAACGUUAAUUCACUUGAGAUGGUUGGAGGUUCGUGAUGUUGCAUUGUCAAGAGAUGACCUCGAAAUCAUAUGCAGGCUUUAUUUCUUGCAAAGUCUUAUUUUAUCACGGUGCAAGCUAACAGAGAUUCCACGAGAAAUUGAGAAUUUGGAUGAGUUAAGACAUCUUGAUUUAAGAUGGAACAAAGAAUUAAAGGAGUUAUCGGAGAGCAUGUGUAAAUUGGUUAAAUUGCGAAAUCUUUUUUUAGAAGGCUGCUCUCUAGAAGUGAUUCCACAAGAAAUUGGGAAUUUGGUGAAGUUAAGAGAACUUGACUUAAGUUGGAAUGAAGAAAUAAAGGAGUUACCAGAGAGCAUUUGCAGUUUGGUUGAACUGCAAAUUUUGAAGAUUCAACACACUGAUAUCAACUGUCUGCCUGAAGCAUUAGGUGAGUUAAGUAAUCUUCGAACACUGAAACUGUGUCCAUUCAAAGUAGGAAGUGAAUACAACAAGUUGGGUUUUCUGAAAAAAUUAGGGCGUUGUCUUUCUGGAUCACUAUUAUUAAAAAUCCACUUGAGCAGUAUGAGUGAAAUGGUGGAAUUGGUUGAGGAUGCUCGACAAAAACAAUUAGAGAUACCCCUUCAAAAACUCAAAACACUCAAAAUAUCUUUCAAGGAUAUAAUGAAUAAAAUGGAGCAGUCGUCGUCGUCAUCAUCAUCAUCAUCAUCAAAGUGGAUUGAUUUGGUAGAAGCUCUAGUGCCUCAUUACAGGUUGAAGAUGAUGGCAAUCGAGGGAUAUAAGGGCUCAAGGCUUCCGGAUUUUAUGUCAUCACCCCUCAACUUUAUAAAAAAGAUUCAUCUGAUUGCAUUGAGUGAGGUGUCAUCAUUGCCGGCUAUGGGGAAACUACCUUUUUUGGAAAUUCUCAAUAUUCAAGGAGUGGAGCAAUUGAAGGUGGUUGGACGGGAGUUUUUAGGAAUAGGAUCUUCAUCUGUUGCAUUUCCUAAACUCAGUUUCUUGUCAUUUGUACUUUUCUCCCAAUGGGAAGAGUGGGAGGAUAUAACGGAGGAAGAGGACGAAUCUGCGGACAUCUCCAUCAUGCCAUGUCUCACACGCUUGUCUAUCUAUUUGUGUGGGAGUUUGAAGAAGCUGCCGAAUCGCCUCCUGCGUAAGUCCUCGUCUUUGAGUUUGUUGGAUAUCAGUGGUUCAUCAGAGUUAGUAAAAACAUACGGAGAGGACAAGGAAGGUUCAUCUUGGAGAUCCAUUUCCUAACAUAAUCCCCAACUUGAACUUCGCCACCAGUACUAAAUUUCUAAUGCAAUUUAUGUAUUUCUGUUUGUUUUACCUUUUGAGAUUGAUAGGGGAUUGUGAUAUGUAUUUUAUGCUUUAAUCAUGAAUUUUCAUCAGUAGGAUACUCUUUUUCCUUCAUAGUGUUUUUCCCUUUGGGUUUUUUCGCCAUGAAUGUUUUAUUAAGGUCCGGCCUUGAGUGAUCGUUUUGUGUUCUCCAAGGUUUAGGUCUUGUUUUUUAUGACAUGAUCAUAUGGCUUCUUUCAA